CCGCCUCAAUGGGCAGUUGUGGGAACUGGCCUACGGCAGAGCCCCCCCAGCAGCCUCUCCAGUGCAGGCUGACCGGGGGCUCUGGACUGGGGGCCUGGCAGGCUGUGUGGCUGUGCAGGCACAAUCCUCUGUGCCUCAGUUUCUCUGCUGUACCAGGAGGUGUAAAGAGACCUGGGGAGGGUAAUGCUUAACUGGAAAGGGCAUGGGGAGAGCUUGGGGGGCAGUGGGGGACUGUGUAGGUAGGAUGUCAGCCUGCAGUGGGCCCCCAUUCCCCCAGCUGCCUCCCAGCUGGGCACCCUGAGGCCUGAGCAGGGCAGGGCCCAGGCCAGUGUCCCCAGGAGAGGAGGCACUGCCAUAACAGGAGUAGCACAGAUGGAUGCCGGAAAGCAGAAACACAGCAAGGGAGGGGCAGAGAUGCAGACAGAAGGGCAGCCUCACUCCCUGGAGGCCCACAAUGGCAUUUCAGGACAGCAGGCCCUGGAGGUGGCCGAUCCGGGGGGCACUGGCUGCCAAGGGCUGGACGCAUGCCCUGUCCGCACUCCCCACACAAAGAGUCUUACAGUGCCCACGUCAGGUGCUCUUGAGUCAGCCUGCUCCUUGAGCAGACCGGGAAGCCCCCAUGUCACCUCCCCUGCCCCCAGGCCAGGCUGCGGCUGAGCUGGGACUUGAACCCAGGUUCUGAGUGACAGCAACUUGGGUCCCCCCUCCCUCUGUCUCUGGCCCGUUUAGCCCCACACCCCCCCGGUAUCCUCUGGCUCUGAGGAUGCUGGGAUGAGCUGCUGCUAGGCAGGGGCACGCCAAGUGGGGACUAGGGGCCCCGUCCUGGGACCAUUGUCCUUCUGAGCUCCAGGGGAGGGGCCAGGCUACCUCAGCUUUGCCGGGAACCGGGGAGUGGCCCUGGGGGCCAUGGAGCCCUGCACUCCCGCUCCUCUGGGGCAGCAGACGCCAAGUCCUCAGGCUCGUGGGGACGGGGUAGCCCAGGGCGCCUGUGGCCGGGUGGGCGGGCCAGCAGGCAGGAGGGGCGUUUGCACCAUCUUGGCUUGCCGUGGGAACAGUAGUGAGGGAGUUAAAGGCAGGCGGCUGCUUGUUCCUCUCUCCUGUCUGGAAGGAAAACUCCCCUAAACGCCGUGCUGCCUGGCCUCCCGGCAGGGCCGAGAACAAGGGCUGAAGGCUGGAAGCUGGGGCGCGUGACCAGCCUUGCCUCUGUAGCAGCACUCCAGGAGUGCCGCCGCCGUGCCCGCCGUCCCCACGCCCACCGUCCGCCUGGCUGCCCGCUGGUCCUCUGGCGCAGAGCCAUGGCCCAGGGUCGCAGGGCUACGGUAGGCAUGGUCUUGCUGGGGCUGGGGCUGGCCCUGGCCAUCAUCGUGCCCGCUGUGGUCCUCUCUCGCCACCUCGCCCACUGCGGCCCCCAGGCCUUUGACCACGCUGCGGUCGCCGCUGACUCCAAGGUCUGCUCGGACAUUGGACGCGCCAUCCUCCAGCAGAACGGCUCAGCCAUGGAUGCCACCAUCGCAGCUCUGGUCUGCACAGGUGUCGUCAACCCCCAGAGCAUGGGCCUGGGUGGAGGGGUCAUCUUCACCAUCUACAAUGCGACCACAGGGAAGGUGGAGGUCAUCAAUGCCAGGGAGACAGUGCCUGCCAGACACGUCCCGGAUCUGCUGGACCAGUGUGAGCAGGCCCAGCCACUGGGCACAGGGGCUCAGUGGAUCGGGGUGCCUGGGGAGCUCCGUGGCUACGCCGAGGCCCACCGCCGCCACGGCCGCCUGGCCUGGGCGCAGCUGUUCCAGCCCACCAUCGCGCUGCUCCGAGGGGGCUACCGCCUCCCCCCCGUCCUCGGUCAGUUCCUCAACCACAGCCUCCUGCGGCCUUCCUUGAAUGCCUCGUCCCUGAGGCAGCUCUUCUUCAACGGGACAGAGCCGCUGAGGCCUCAGGACCCAUUCCCGUGGCCCACGCUGGCUGCCACCCUGGAGACUGUGGCCACGGAGGGCGCAGAGGUCUUCUACACGGGGAGGCUGGGCCAGACGCUGCUGGAGGACAUUGCCAAGGAAGGCAGCUGGCUGACCCUGCAGGACCUGGCGUCGUUCCGGCCGGAGGUGGUGGACGCCCUGGCGGUGCCCCUGGGAGACUACACCCUGUACUCACCACCACCGCCUGCAGGGGGCGCCAUUCUCAGCUUCAUCCUCAAUGUGCUCAAAGGGUUCAACUUCUCGGCAGAGUCAGUGGCCCGGCCCGAGGGGAGCGUGAACUUGUACCAUCACCUCGUGGAGACCCUCAAGUUUGCCGGGGGGCAGAGGUGGCGGCUGUGGGACCCUCGAAGCCACCCGGAGCUCCAGAAUGCCUCCCAGGUCCUGCUGGGGGAGGCUCUGGCAAAGCACGUCCGCCAGCAGAUCGACGCCCGGGGCGACCACCAGCUCAGCCACUACAGCCUGGCCGGGGCCUUGGGCUACAGGAUGGGCACAGCCCACGUGUCUGUGCUGGCAGAGGAUGGUAGUGCUGUGGCCGCCACCAGCACCAUCAACACGCCCUUCGGAGCGAUGGUAUACUCACCACGCACAGGGAUUCUCCUUAACAAUGAGCUCCUGGACCUUUGCUGGAGGCGCCUGACAGGCUCCAGUAUCACCCCCCGACCUGUUGCAGGUGAGAGGCCCCCAUCAUCCAUGGUACCCUCCAUCUUGGUCAACGCAGCUCAGGGGUCAAAGCUGGUGAUUGGUGGGGCUGGGGGGGAGCUCAUCAUCUCUGCUGUGGUCCAGGCCAUCGUGAACAAGCUGUGGCUUGGCUUUGACCUGGAAGCAGCCAUCGCAGCCCCGAUCCUGCACGUCGACAGCCAGGGCCAGGUGGACUACGAGCCCAGUUUCAGCCAGGAGGUGCGGAAGGGGCUUCAGGACCGGGGCCAGAGCCAGAGCAGGAGGCCCUUUUUCCUGAACGUGGUCCAGGCUGUGUCCCAGGACGGCGCCUGUGUGUAUGCCGCGUCGGACCCGAGGAAGGGGGGGAAGGCCUCGGGCUACUGACGAGGCUGCUCCUGAGAGCCAGGGUCCGGGUGCCAUCGGUGUCCAGGCUGGCCUUGGCCAUGAGACCGAGAGCUCCAGUGGGAUCUGGACUGAGGGAUCAGCCUGGGGCUGCAAGGGGUGGGGACAGCAUGGCAGAUGGAGGACCAUAGGGGCUCACGCCCUGCCUGCCCUGCGCUGGCCCCUCCAGCCUUCCCCAGGCCUCUCACCCAGGACUGUGGCCCACCCCCAUCUGUAUAUCUUGCAGUCCAAGAUUAAAGAGGAGGCCGGACAUGA